AUGGCGGAAGGAAUUUAUGCGCUCUGCGUGGUGCUCCUGGCGGUCGCGACGUUGGGAACCCAAGUGACGUACGGCGAUGUCCCCACGGAGCUGCAGAAGAAGAUCAACUCUAUCAACCAAAAUGGGACAUACCUUGGCGUGGUGAUACCCAACACCUUUGAGUUGAACCCCCUGCUACAGUCUCCAAGUUAUUCACCAGACAAGGGCCUGCCGUAUGUCGAUUUCGCCGGUGAAUCUCCACUACCUCGUCCGCCGUUAAGCGGGGGCAAUUGAUCCAUAAAUCUAGUUUUCGAAACAUGACAAUAGUCGGCUCAUAAAAUCUUUUUAUUUUCCUCUUGGAUCAGGGAGGAGGUUUCGCUUCGGCUCUUUAGAGGGAAAAAAGGUUAUAUUGGUCAUGACAGGACUCGGCAUGGUAGAUUUCUCAGUCCGCUUUCUGUUUUCCAAAAUUAAACGAAUACCGAAAAUAAUACGGUUUCUCGACACUCAUGAGACCUGACUCGUAUUUUCUCUGAUGACAUUCAUACCUUCGAUAUUCGGCCAUCAAUUCCUACAGAUAAAUGCCGCUACAACCACCCAAUUGCUCCUGGGACUAUUCAAUGUAGAAGGGGUCGUGCACUAUGGUAUCGCCGGAAACGCGAGCCCAUCACUCAUCAUCGGCGACGUGACGAUUCCAAGAUUUUGGGCGCAUUCGGCUCUAUGGAACUGGCAGGUAAUGUUUCAAGUUGUUUCCGCUUCCAUUCUUCCGAAGAAAAACUCAAUUAUUAGGCUUUCCUCUUCUACUUCUCCUUCCUGCUUCGUUGUUGCAGAGAUAUGGAGAUGGUCCUCAGAACGAGCUUCCCCUCGAGAGCAGCGGAGACUACACGAGGGAGUAUGGUUUCCUGAAGUUCGCGGACUAUUCCACAGACGGCAACAAUGUUAUCCCUGACGCGGAUAAUCUUCUGAACAACGUGUGGUACCAGCCAGAGGAGAUAUUCCCAGUGGACGGAACCCCGGAGGAGAGGCAGCACGCCUUCUGGGUUCCCGUUGAUCCCUAUUACUUUGCCGUCGCCGAGAAAAUUCUGGUAAGUCGAAUUCGAAAUCUCCUUUCCAUUUUUCCAUAUCGAUGCCAAACGAAUUCUCGAAAAUCUGUAAUAUUUCGGAAAUUUUCGAAGCACAAAGUUCAAGUUUCUUAGGUGUUCUUCCCGCAGAGUUCCAUUACCAUCCGUAGGCUUCCCGCAGAACAGUAUUUACUUUGAUGGAGAAUCUUAUGCAUCAAUUACUGUCUAAAAUUUACUAACUAUGGAAUCCGUCUGAGAUUGUUCUGAGCGUAUUGCGAAGCCAACCGAUAAUGACACGUGCAUCACAAGACAUGCCGUCCUUGACCUUCACUGUCGUUAUUCUUAAAGUUUGACUGCAGGUGCGCCUUAACAUUGUUCGUUGAAUAUGGUGCCAAUGUCAAGUACGCCUUCUUUGACCGCGUGGCAACGUGGGCUCAAAUGUAACAUAGCUUGAAUAUUAGAGGACUGGACUGAACCCUAUGUUAUCGUCUGCUCUACCAGGGAUUGAAGCUCGAGGGUUGUAUUAACUCGACCCUCUGCCUACCUCGCACACCAAUGGUGACUCGGGUGACCAGGGGGAUGAGCGCAAGCAUCUUCCUCGACAACGCUGCGUACAGGAACUUCCUCUUCUCCAAGUUCAAUCCCGUCCCGGUGGACAUGGAGAGCGCUUCGGUGGCCCUCGUCUGUCACCAGCAGAGGGUGCCGUUUAUUAUCAUCCGGGCCCUCUCCGACCUGGCCGGCGGCGGCUCCGCCCAGUCCAAUGAAGCCAACAUAUUUGUCUCUCUGGCGGUCGAGAACUCCAUCACAGCGGUUGUAGAGUUCAUCAAGCGCCUGUAA